AUGGAAGAGCUCACCGCUUUCGUGUCUAAGUCUUUCGACCAGAAAGUGAAGGAGAAGAAGGAAGUGAUAACCUACAGGGAGGUGUUGGAGACCGGGUCGACGCGAGCAGGGAGCAGGGAGUCUUUAUCCGCGGAGCCCGGGAGCCGAGAGGAGGCAGCCGCAGUCACCCGAAACGUUGCGCUCUCGCCGGGCAGAGAAACGGACAUGCUCGGCCCGGAAAGAAUCAGGGACGCCGGGAGCCCCAAACUCAUUGACGGCACCACGGACGUGAAGGAAAGGAAAGAGGACUCGAAGCCUAUAGAGGACGAGACACAGACUAAAAUCAAACAGAGGAGAAGUCGGACUAACUUCACGUUAGAGCAGCUCAACGAGCUGGAACGGCUCUUCGACGAGACCCACUACCCGGACGCCUUCAUGCGGGAGGAGCUUAGCCAGCGACUAGGACUGUCGGAGGCCCGAGUACAGGUUUGGUUCCAGAAUAGAAGAGCCAAAUGCAGAAAGCAGGAGAACCAGCUACAUAAAGGAGUCCUGAUUGGAGCAGCGAAUCAGUUUGAAGCUUGUCGUGUAGCGCCAUAUGUCAACGUGGGGGCUUUACGGAUGCCAUUCCAACAGGAUAGUCAUUGCAACGUGCCGCCCUUCUCCUUUCAGGUGCAGGCGCAACUGCAGCUGGACAGCGCCGUGGCCCACGCGCAGCACCACCUGCACUCUCACCUGGCAGCGCACGCGCCCUACAUGAUGUUCCCCGCGCCGCCAUUCGGGUUGCCCCUGGCGACGCUCGCGGCCGAGUCUGCCUCCGCCGCCUCCGUUGUGGCCGCCGCCGCCGCCGCCAAAAACACCAGCAAGAACUCCAGCAUCGCCGACCUGAGACUGAAGGCCAAAAAGCACACGGCCGCGCUGGGACUGUGA